AUGACAGUGCAAACCGUAUUCUCCAACUUGGUGAGGGAAGAGCCUGACCCAAUAAUCAAAACCAUGCAACAAUACCACAAGGAUACCAAUCCACAAAAAAUCGAUGUUUCGAUUGGUGUAUACAAGGAUGAAGCAGGUGCAUGUUACGAGUUUCCGAGUAUAACCCAAGCCAAACAGAUCUUGCACGACAAUGAUCCAGGACAUAAUUACACCAAUAUGGCCGGCAUUACCGAUUUUGUUGCUGGCGCACAAAAGCUUGUUUUCGGUGAUGAAAUUGUUAAGCAGGAUAAAUUGGCUUCCAUUCAAGCAAUCUCGGGGACUGGGUCGUUGCAUAUUGCAAUGUUGUUGUACCGCGAAGCAGGCUAUACCAACUAUUACAUAGGGACACCCACGUGGCAAAACUAUCAACCCAUGAUUGAACACAUUGGCGGAAAGGUAACCACCUACAAGCACUAUAAUGAAGAAGCUAGGCUGGUUGAUUUCGACUGUGUUUUGAGUGCUUUAAACUCAGCUCCUAGCAAAUCAGUUUUUCUCUUUCAAACCUGUUGUCACAAUCCAACUGGAGCUGAUUUUACUCGCAAACAAUGGGAACAAAUUGGCUCCAUCAUGCAAAAGCGUCAGUUAUUACCCUUGUUGGAUACUGCAUGUCAAGGAUUUAGUUCGGGGACCCCCGAUCAAGAUGCUUGGCCAAUUCGUUACCUUUACAGUUUGAACUUGGAAUUUAUUGUUUGUCAAUCAUUUUCCAAAAACAUGGGUUUAUACUCUGAGCGUUGUGGAGCAGUUCAUGUUGUGGUUCAGGACAAGGACUUUGUACCCAAUGUUCAAAGCAACUUAGUUGCUCUCUUCCGUCAUGAGUGUUCAUUUGCACCAGCUUUUGGUGCUAGGUUGGUCGCUAUUAUACUCAAUAACGACAAGUUGAGGAACCAGUGGUUGAAUGAGUUGUAUGAAUCGACUAUGAGAUUGAAACAUUCGCGUCAACGCAUUUUAGAGAAAUUGACUCAAUUGAAGACCCCUGGUGAUUGGCGAAAUGUCGUUGAACAGAAUGGAUUAUUCUGGUACUCAGGUUUAACAAAAGAGCAAAACGAACAAUUGAUUGAGAAACACAAUGUUUACUCAACAACCAUGGGUAGAGUCAAUGUUGCUGGGUUGAAUAAUAAGAAUAUAGAUUAUUUCUGUUUAGCUAUUGAUGAUGUGGUUAGAAACACAUAA